ACGGCACCGUUUUCCUCGAUUAAGGAUCUUGCCCUAGGCGAACUCCCGCUUUGGCUCCAAGUCACCCUGCACCUUCCCGGGUCGUAGCACUGGCCCCGCCGCAGGUCGCAGUAGCUAAAGACAAUCACUAUUCGUCAUAGCAGAUUCAGGAACCUCAGAGUGAACCUGAAUUCGAAUUUAACUGAAGGUCUUGAAUCUCGAGUGCUUUAAAUGAUCUCCCUUGGAUUUCUAUGCGAACUCUUAGACUUGUCCAUUCAAAUGGGCUGGAAGGCAGCGGAGAAACUCAUUAGGCAUUGGAAGAUUCUUAGAGGGGACAACGUAAUGAUUAUGCGGGGAAAAGACAAGGGCGAGGGUGGGAUUAUUAAGCGUGUAAUCCGCUCUCAGAAUCGAGUUAUCGUUGAGGGUAAAAAUCUGGUGAAGAAACAUAUUAAGCAAGGACAAGGUCAUGAAGGGGGGAUCUUUACCGUUGAAGCCCCAUUACACGCCUCAAAUGUGCAGGUUCUUGAUCCAGUGACGGGGAAGCCUUGCAAAGUUGGGAUUAGAUAUCUUGAAGAUGGUACUAAAGUCAGAGUAUCCAGAGGCAUAGGAGCAUCGGGGUCCAUAAUUGCCCGGCCUGAGAUCUUAAAGAUAAGAACUACCCCAAGACCUACAGUCCUUGGUCCCAAAGAUACUCCGAUGGAUGUUGUGGUGGAGAAGACUUACGACGCCAAAGCAGGGAGGGGCAUGCCUGAUCUCUGAAGAGAUUAUGUACUAUACUAUCGCAGUGAUUGGUAAAUCGCUUCUGAAUGGCUAUGGUCUAAAAAGAUUGGCCUUAUUGCUCUUCUCCCAUGCUCGGACUCAAAGCAACUGCACCCAGGCACCCAGAAAAGAGGGUUGUCAAAUAGUUGAAUCGAUUUAAAUAAUGAAAAUGAUUCUACAGCUUCCGUGAAAUGUAGUUUAAUCCCUGGUCUCUCCACCCUUGCCUGGUGGAGCAGUUAAUAAUGCAUAUUAAGCCAUAAACCAGCACCAGGUCAUCUUUUAAAAUGUAAAAAGGUCUCAAAUAUUGUCCACUCUGUGUAGUUAUGUGAAGUGUGAACUAAUACUGAGCUCAGGGUUUCUCCACGGGGUAAUAAAUUAUUAAUCGCACCUCAGUUGUUAAAUUUAGGGCUGGGCUUGAGUUUUCCAACAUGUAUUGUUGGUGCCUAUUGGUGUUUCAAAUAAUUCAAUUACAAUAAUUUUUCAAAUUUUAAUGUUGCUACCA